AUGCCCCAACCCGAAGCCCGGAAAGACUCGGUUACUGCGGAUCAGCCGUUUGUUGAAUUGGACGCCAAGAUGUUGUUGCUAGGGGACUUUGCUGAGAACGGUCUCUGGUGGACGGGAGGGCAUGAAGAAGUGGUACCAGGGAGGUCAUCAUCUAACCGGAGCGAUCCAGGUGCGUCUGCAGUCAGCCCAAGGAGCCCUCGCAUUGACUGGACGGAACUAGAGGAGUGGUACACGGCAGUGCUCGAUGCUGUUCGGGCGUGGCCUGUGGUUUACGAUGAGCUUGUGAGCGAGGAUCCGACACUGGCUGUGCCUCCUGAGGUGCUCAAGGAAAUCGAAGCACAGCUGCUUGUGGGACAGGACCAUGUCCAUAGGUCGCUUUUGAAGGCUAGCGAGACGAUUAUGAAACGGCCCGGACGCCCGAUUAUUGCGCCUCAUGAGCUACGGUUUAUCCUCAUUCUUGCCGCUAACCCACUGCUUCACACCUAUUAUAAACCAUACCUCGGCGAGUUCCGGCAUAUGGACUCAUUCUGGUCUUCUCAGGGCGGCCCAUCUUCUGGAAGGCAUUCCGGAAUCAUCAAGCGUAUCGUUGGUCUUUUGUCUAACACACCCAACGAGUGUCACAACCAUCUCGUGAACUGGUUUGCGAGGUACCCUGAGCCACUGUUCAUCAGGGCAAAGGAUCUCAUUCAUAGUUUCCUAUCAUUCCGACUGAACCGACAGAACGAGAAGAAGUACGACGCCAAAGUGGAUAUUACUGCUGGUUUGAUCCCAAGUCUGAACGCUGGAAGGUCUGCGGCAUCCCUUCACGCCGCAUUGGGAUCAUCACAAUCAGCAGGAAAAAAGCAGAAGGAAAAGAAGAAGAUAUACAAUGACGACUGGCAAAUCAAGGCCUCGGCCCAAGUCCUCGCAUUGAUCUUCGCAGCCAACAAUACAAACCACUCUCAGCGUAGCCUGGCUAACCGCACUGCUGGGCAAGCUGCGAGCACGAGGGAUCGAGUCCAGAUGCGCGGGCAGAUUCUAGCUACAAGUGAUUUCUACACCACCCUUCUCGACGAUUCCGAUCUUGUGGCGGACUUUGAAACAUGGGAGACGAAAAAGGGGAAAUUUGCAUUCUGCCAGUUCCCCUUCCUUCUCAGCAUAGGGGCCAAGAUUCAAAUUCUCGAAUACGACGCGAGGCGGCAGAUGGAGGACAAGGCCAGAGAUGCCUUUUUCAACAGCAUCUUAACCCACCGUGUCAUUCAGCAGCACCUUGUGUUAAAUGUCCGUCGGGAUUGCCUGGUGGAUGACAGUCUCAAGGCCGUGAGCGAGGUGAUUGGUAGCGGCUCGGAGGAUAUCAAGAAGGGCUUGAAGAUCAAUUUCAAGGGAGAAGAGGGCAUUGAUGCUGGCGGGUUACGGAAGGAGUGGUUCUUGCUCCUCGUCCGUGAAGUGUUUAACCCCGACCAUGGGAUGUUUGUCUACGACGAGGACUCUCAAUACUGCUAUUUCAACCCCGCCUCUCUCGAGCCAUCCGAGCAAUACUUCCUAGUUGGCGUCGUCUUCGGUCUCGCCAUUUACAAUUCCACCAUCCUCGACGUCGCCCUACCGCCCUUCGCCUUCCGCAAGCUCCUCAGUGCCGCACCACCCCCCACGCUAGCCACGUCCCAGCCCCGCCAACCCAUGACCUACAGCCUUGACGACCUCGCCGAAUACCGGCCCCGCCUCGCAUCCGGGCUCCGGCAGCUACUCGAGUAUGAUGGCGAUGUCGAAUCCACCUUCUGCCUCGACUUCGUCGUUGACAUCGAACGCUACGGCUCCACGGAGCGCGUCGCCCUCUGCCCCAACGGCGAGCGCCGCCCCGUCACCAACGCCAACCGCCGCGAGUACGUCGACCUCUACGUGCGCUACCUGCUCGACACGGCAGUGACCCGCCAGUUCGAGCCCUUCAAGCGCGGCUUUUACACCGUCUGCGGCGGCAACGCGCUGUCCCUCUUCCGCCCCGAGGAAAUCGAGCUGCUGGUCCGCGGCUCGGAUGAAGCCCUCGACAUCUCGGCGCUGAAAUCGGCGGCUACGUACGAUAACUGGAGCACAAAAAAUCCCGUGGAAACCGGGGAGCCGAUGGUUAGGUGGUUCUGGGAACUCUUUGAGGAGGCUUCACCUGCGGAUCAGAGGAAGUUGUUGUUGUUUAUCACGGGCAGUGACAGGAUUCCCGCUGGGGGCGCCGCGGCGCUGUCGAUUCGGAUCAGUUGUUUGGGCGAUGAUUGUGGACGGUAUCCCACGGCCAGGACGUGUUUUAAUUCGUUGGCGCUGUGGAGGUAUGCGGAUAAGGAGACGUUGAGAAAGGUUUUGUGGACGGCGGUAUUGGAGAGUGAAGGGUUUGGGUUGAAGUGA